AUGGCGACGCCGAGCAAGUCCGGCUUGGAGCAGCACUUGUUCCGCAUCACCCUCUCCUCCAACUCCAACAGCGUCCACGACCUAGACAAGGUGUGCUCCGACGUGGUCAAGGCCGCCGAGGAGAAGCUGGUCCGGGUGAAGGGCCCGGUCAGGAUGCCCACCAAGGUGCUCAGCAUCACCACCAGGAAGUCACCCUGCGGACAAGGUACCAACACAUGGGAUCGGUUCGAGAUGCGGGUGCACAAGAGGGUCGUCGACCUCGUCGGCUCCCUGGACAUCAUUAAGCAGUUCCCAGUCCCCAUCCCGCCCACCGUCCACGUUGAGGUCACCAUCACCGACCUUUAA